UGUCUAAUGGAGUCUCUGGCUGGUGACAUGCUAGAUACUGACCUGUACAGCGACUUGAAAGAAGAGGAUGCACAUGACGUAGCAUACUCAGAGCUACGUGACAUGUAUACCAAGUUGCAGUCACAGUGCAGCAGGUUACAAAUAGAGAACAAGGUUCUGUCAGAACAAAAUGUAGCUCUUAAGAAAAAUAUAUCAUGUCUCUACAAAACGGCUAAAGCAGAAAUAGAACGGAAGGACAGGGAAAUUUCAGAGCUAAGAAAAAGAGGAGGCAAAGGGUGAUGAUCAUUCUACUCUCUGUGAGAGCCAUAGCUGUAGGCACUGGAAUUGUGUGUAUAAAACUGAUGACAGUUGGUAUUAUUAAACAAGCUGGAUAGGCAAUGUUUAUACACUGCAUAUACGCAGAUUUACUAUUAUACUUGGAAUGUUACUCUUUAUGUAUAUGAAUACAUGAUCAAUCAAAUA